AGAAAUAAAUAAGUAAAUGUCGUAGCAUUCUUGUUGUUAUUCAAAAUGGCUGUUAACGAAAGUGGUAGUCAAGAUUUUAUUCGAGAAGUUUUGCCAAAAACAGGACUAGUAUAUACUGAACAAACGCCAAUGCCUGUCCUUUGUAAACCAAAGAUUUUACCGUUAAAGUCAGUAACUCUCGAAAAACUUGAUAAAAUGCAAAAAGAAGCGCAAGAAACGAUUAAAAAACAAGAGGAAGAAUCAAAAUUACAAGAACGAUUUCUUGAACAACAGCGGGAAAUUUUGGGCAAUGAAACGCACAGUGAACCGGAAUCGUUGGUAUUAUAGUGUUGAUAUCACAUUACAUUAGCUUUAUAUAUAAUUAGCACAUGCAUAGAAUGAAUAAUAGCUGAUAUAAUUUUGCAGAUUCUUGUAUAGGUUAUUAUGGCUGCCUGCCCAGCCAAUUGGAGAUGUUUUGUUUUAAAAAGUAUCUUCUGUAGUAUGAAGGGCAUUUAAUUUUAACAUUUUUUUAUUUGUUUCAAUUUCUUAUAUGGUUAGCUGAAAGCGUCGCCAAGGUGCAUCUUUCUGCAGAAAAAUGUUCAAUGGUAAUUUUAAAAGCAUUUACCUAGCUAAUGCAGCUAGUACUGCUACUACUGUACUAAAAUAUGUGGCUAUCUAAACAGUUUUUGGCGAUUAAUUGAAAACUCGCUUUACUACAUAA